AUCGUGCAACCUGCGGACGUGUUUUUUUUCGCGUGCCGGUGGCCUUUUCCGUGUUUAAAAAACUUAUCCCAUCCCCCGUAUACCUUCAUAAAAUACCUGUUGUUGGUCACCCACCACACCUUUGUUAUUUUGUGCCUUUCAGCGGCCACACUGAGUGGUGUUAGUGACUUGUACGCGACUUCAGGAGGGCGUUGGCGUGGCGAUGAGGUGACCGACAUACUUCAACCGUGCGAGUUGGGGUGUCUGAAGAAGCCCAAAAAAGGCACGCUUACCUUCUACCGCGGCGUGUUCUUGGCUUCAGUUCAAGAACGUCGUUCGCUUUACGGUCUGGCGAAAUGUGUACCUAUAGUUGAGGGAUUGUGUUGUGGAUUCUUAUCUAUGCGUUAGUGUAUUUUUUCCUCAUUUUUGCUUAUUUGAUAGAUAGCAAAAAACCUCGCUGAUAAGAAAAGGGCCUCAGCGGCACAGGUGAAAAAAUCAAUACCAUACGUAGGUGAAUCAUUGUGAUACAAGAUUCUUUGAUAUCGAUUCAUAACUAUACUGUAAGCGCCAUUUCCUGUCCAAUAGAAAGGGAAUUGUGCAACUUUCGUUUCAACUUCAGAUGAUCCAUGUGCUGGGCUGUGGGAAAAAGUGACGACCGGUUCACCGAAUAAUCACCGAAAAGUUCAUUGUUCCUGAAGCAAGUUUUUCGCAGCGCCAAACAGGCAAAUUCGAUCGAGAAGAAAAGUGAAUGUAAAACCGUGCGGCACCCCCGAUCACCUAAUAAAUGAUCAGAAUCCGUUAGAUCUCUGGUGAUCCACCGCUUUGAAUGAAUGUGUGUGCCGCUGGUGGAAAACCUCAUUAAAUUUGUGUAAUGAAUGAAACAAAUAUAACGAUCAACAGAGGAGAAAAAAAACCGCAUAAAGAUCCAUCAAAUACCUGCCUACUACAAUUUGCAUCGCGCUGUAGGGAGUUUUCCCAACCGUAAAACACAAAGAUUACUCAUCGAUACCAGUCAACAAAGCCCACAAUCAGUGAGACGGCGACAAUAUUCUGCGAAUACCUUCAUAACUACAGCCCGAGGAAACCAGAUUUCACGAAUGACUAAUCCCUACCUAAUACCGCACUUUCGUUCGGCACGGCUUAGUUAAUGACUCGGAGCGCAAAAAGGCAACCCCAAUUAGCGUACACCCGGUCCGUCAGUUUCACCGUUCGGUUAGUCCGUUCGUAUGUUGCCUGAAGUGCAUCAUCCCCCAGUCAGUCAUAGAAGUGUCGUCGUCGUCGUUCGUCCAUAAGUUGAAAACUCCCCUUUCAUGAGUUGUGAAUACUACGUGAUAGUGUAACUAGGUAUGCCAGCAGCUGGUGUGAAUUACGAUACAGUUUGACCGAGUUAGUUGUGUGAGUAAUGUGAAGCAUGCUCGAUGCCACCCUACAGGUCGUUCAGUUAUGUUUUCAUAAGUGCACGUCGUCGCCGUUAAGCUGUUUAGUAUUGUUCAAACAGUCUUACCUUGACAAGCUGUAAGGCUCAAGGCUGGAUUAAGCACGUAGUGAACCAGUAGUGUGAGAAAAAAUCGCAUGCAAGUAGAGUCAAAAGUGUACCCAAGUUGACGUAACGUUGCAGCGAUAAUAAGUGACCAACAAGUGUUCGAAUCAUACGGUGCGUUUACUACAGGUUGUGUAAAAUACGCACCCAAACCCAGUGAUCUCCCCAAUGCGUAGCAAGUGGAUUAGUCAAGAUUCAAUAUGGCCAAAGAGACUAACCACGAUCAGUCAGUAAUCAGUUGCAGCACUCUUGGCUGUUGCAAUCGGGUGCGGAAACGGCGAUAUGUGCUGGAUAAUGGUAAUUGCACGUUGCUUUCCGUGCAACUAAUUGGAGUUACGCUCCUGAUUGUCACCGUCUGUGGUCAGUUCCACACAACUCGGGAUCCAAGGUGGUACUCACGAGAGGGAGACUUUAACUAUCACCUGCCGAACCCAGGAGACCCAGAUUAUAGGACUUUAUUCGGAACAAGUUAUGGGACCUACACAUACAACAACCGAAGAUAUGGUUACUACCAGCCUAAUGGAUAUGGACAGCAAUAUCCAGGACAAAAUCUACCCGGCCAAUAUCCAACGAAUACAGCUUUAGGAGAGGAUCGCUUCCAAUAUGAUCCGAACAAUCCCAACAACGUCCAGACGCCAUUCCCCGGAGUUCUGGGUGGUUGGCGUGAAGACCUUCAGGGGAAACUACGCCGCGAUUCGUUGCAGCUAGAACGGGAUGUUUUCGUGACGACCAACUAUGGGCAGGUGCAGGGAUUCAAGGUGCACCUGUACGAUAAUCCGGAUCCGAAAUCGUUCUACCGGCCGUGGCACACGCCUGUCGAAAGAAUUAUGAAAUCGUGCUCCUCCUUUCUGGGAAUCCCGUACGCACUGCCACCCACAUUCGAAGGACGGUUUAAGCCACCGCGGCCUCAUCGAGGCUGGCAGUUGCUGCAGGCCGUCGAUUAUGGACCGGCUUGUCCCCAGCCGGUACAAUACACCGGUGCCACCAAGGGAAUUCGUGAUAUGGACGAAGACUGCCUGUACCUUAACGUGUUCUCGCCCAAUACUCAAUCGGGCGUCGCUCAACGCUACCCCGUAAUGAUCUACAUCCAUGGAGGAGAUUUCAUCCGCGGUGCUUCCAAUGUGUUCCCCGGUCACAUGCUGGCCGCCUACUACGAUGUUGUGGUUGUGACGUUCAACUACCGGCUUGGUGCGCUAGGGUUCCUGUCUACGGGCGAUGAGAACUCACCCGGAAAUUAUGGUAUUCUGGAUCAAAUUAUGGCUGUGCGAUGGGUGUACGACAAUAUCGAAGCUUUCAAUGGAGAUCGGAACUCGAUAACUCUCUUUGGACCUGGUGCUGGAGCUGCGUCCGCUGGGUUGCUGAUGGUGGCUCCACAGACAAAGGACAUAAUCACGAGGGUUAUUGCCCAGUCCGGAGCGGCAACGGCCGAUUGGGCUCUGAUCGUUGAUAAGUAUAGGGCACAGAAUACCAGUAGGGUAUUUGGUCAAAAAGUGGGAUGUUCGAUUGAAACGUCUUGGAAGCUUGUCAACUGUUUGCGGCAAGGUAGAAGUUUUAUCGAGAUCGGUAAUGCCGUAUUCGAUGCCGAUGUAGGACUCUUUCCUUGGGGUCCAGUUUUGGAUUUGAAUUUUACGUUUCCUGGAGAUGAGUGGUAUGAGGGUUGGAGGGAACGAGACUGGAAGUUUUUGUCUGAAACACCAGAGGAACUGAUUCGUCGUGGUCACUACAAUAGGGGGCUACAUUAUAUGAGUGGAGUUACGCUUCAGGAAGCAGCCUACGUUAUAUCACAGAACGAAUCUCUGGCUCCGUUCUACGAAAUAGAUGAGAAAUUCUUCAAACAGAAGGUCUGGGAGCUGGUUCAUAGGUAUAACUACACGCUUAAUUUGAACGGAACCUACCACGCUAUAAAGUACAUGUAUACGUAUUGGCCAGAUCCGAAGAACACGACUCAUAUCAGGGAGCAGUACAUCAAUCUCUUGUCAGACUUCCUGUACCGGGCACCCUCGGAUAAAAUGGUCAAACUACUGGUGGAAAGAAAAGUUCCGGUGUAUAGCUACGUCAUGAACACCACAAUUGAAGGGCUGAAGCUGCCGGAAUGGCGGAAGGUGCCACACGAUAUCGAGCACUACCUACUAUCAGGUGCCCCAUUCAUGGACGUCGAAAUGUUCCCUCGGAAGGCUCGACUUGACCGGCUGAUGUGGACCGAUAAUGAUCGUAAUAUGAGUCAUUUCUUCAUGAAAACGUACUCGGACUUUGCCCGGUAUGGCAAUCCUACGCCCCAGCGAGUCCUGGGAUUACACUUUGAGAAGGCCAUCAAUGGGGAGUUGAAGUAUCUCAACCUCAACACCACCUACAACUCUUCCAUUCUUCUCAAUUACCGGCAGACGGAAAGUGCCUUCUGGACCGAGUACAUUCCUACGGUUGUUGGCGUAAUGGUGCCCACGUAUCCACCGACUACGGAAUUCUGGUGGGAGCCGAAGGAACCACUGCAGAUCGCCUUCUGGAGUAUGUCGGCAGCGUGUCUGUUCCUGCUGGUGCUGGUCGUCAUUUGCUGCAUACUGUGGCGAAAUGCUAAGAGACAAUCUGAUCGCUUCUACGACGAGGGUGUGUUCGUGGUGGACAAUCCCGAAUCGGAACGGGACAUCGGAAUUGACAACAACGUACAUCAAGCCCAACCCCUUCGAAGGGAUAACAUCUACGAAUACCGAGAUUCACCGUCCAAAUACAGCAAACACCCGGGAACCGAUGCCACUUCCAUCCGAUCGCCAAGUUCACUCGCAAUGACUCAAGUUACUGGGAAGUCCAUUUCCGGUAGCCAGAGCUCUUUGCGAAGUGCCAUUUCUUUGAAAGAAUCAACCACCAUCAGUCCCAUUCCUCGUCCGAACGAAUCCAAUUUCGAUCGAAAUAUCAAAUACGCUGAACGCGGGGUGGAUACGGAAAUCCACAGGAACGGGAAGUUUCCUCGGUCCGAUUCCAAGUCCACGUUGGGGGAUGCCAAGUCCCGUGAGUUUGCGGCUAGCAGCACUCCCAUCGAACCCAGAUCUCAACAACCGACGCCUCUGCCCACAGCAGGUGGUCGAUCCGGCGGUGUUGGAUACAGCAGAAGUAACAACGCCAGCCGGACGAAUUUGAUCGAAGGAAUUCCGCAAACGGAAGUUUAGAUUAGGAAAUGAGUAUAGUUUAAAAGUUUUAAAGUUAAGAUACGACUUGUAAUCCAAUCGUUCAGGAUACAGAAUACCACGCGUCCCCAUCACAAAUCAAUGCUACAUACAUCCCGAGCUUGCUAAUCAUUGCCUACUUCAGUAGGCUUGAUGACCCAUAUAGGAGUAUUGCGUUCUAGUUAGGUUAGGUUCUAAAUUAAUUAGGUAGCAAAAGUUGUUUUAACGAGUUCUACGAAGCCGUACUGAAGUUUUAAACCUUUUUUAAAAAUUAAACAAAUCUACAAUAGAUUGAUCUUAGUCCGUAAGUCUAAAUCGAUAGCACCAAGUGCCUAAAAAUUUACACAACUAGUUCAUAGAAAUGAUACAUAGGUGUUUGAUUGUUUUCACCUUAGUCUUACAAAUAUAUCGGUUAAGUAGACUCUCAAACUUUUAAGCAGUUUGUGGCAAGUUUGGAGUAAAAUUCGUACUGAUCGUUUAGUGUUUGAAUGUUUAUUUGCCUUGCGGUGGUCUAUCGUUCAAGAAUUGAUACCAACUUUGCUCGAUGAGCUCCGUAAGAAAAGUUUUUUUUUUGUAAAUAGACCUUCAUGUGCUGUACAUGUCCAUGUUUCAGUGUAUCCGUCCAUAUGUUUUGUUUUAAGCGAUCGCGUGUGAUAUCAUCGCGUUACUACGUCCCGUCCAACGUUUGUAUGUGUCCCGUGUUCUUUUAGAUAUGUAAGUAGUUCGUUUAGGAUAACUUUCAGUCAAGUCUACUUCGUAUUAAAAAAAUUCUACAAACCUCUAGUAUUAAAUCGUAAGUACUUGUAAGUCUUUAUUUUAUUUUUAACUAUCGUUAGGUACUUAUGCAUUUUCGUCCCCCUGUUCUGUCGCUUUCCCUGCGUGGAAUCACAAGACACCCAACGAUUUAGGCCAAACUGUGCAAAUAUUCUUUUAUAGUAUGUAGCAAUCUACGUUUUACUCACUCACUUUGUUUUUAAGCCAAUAUACUCUGUACAUAACUUGUUUAGUCUUCCAAUCCAUUCCAUUUUCGGUUUAAGAAUUUCAUUCUUCAUUUCUCAAACAACAAAAAAAACUCAACCCAAUAGUUCAUUCCACCAUUUCUAGUACAUUAGCUUAAAUAGUCGUUUAGUUUUAAAUUUCCCCAACUAAAUGGUAAGCAGUUUGUUUUAGUUCAAAACAUGUGUACAUAUUGCGAUCUAAGCAAAGAAAAGGCAAUGAUUGAUUACCAUUUAAGUAUUACCUUCGGUUUUAUUGGCACACAUGUUGUUGCACAAUUUUAUGUGAGACAUUAUAAUUACUGUAACAGCAACUCAUUGUGAAAAGUAUAUAUUUUCAAAUCGUAACUGAUCUAUUCUUUCACUUGCAUAAGUUAAUGUUGUCUUCAGUCGAAAUAAAUGAUUUUAAGAGAA